AUGUGGUUGAGUUGGUACGGGUCGACGAGGUUCCGGACCAGCACCUCCCCUGACCCCGGCGCCCACCUCGCCGGCGCCUCCCUCACCUCGAAGUCAGCCUCCGUCGGGGGCGCCCUCGACGUGGUGCCUGAUGGCGACGUACCGUUCGCUCGGUCUGACGACCAAUCCGACAGGUACUUCCCCGACGGGAUCGACAUCUACUUCGAGAACGUCGGCGGCGAGAUGAUGGAGGCGGCGCUGGCCAACAUGAACACCUACGGCCGGGUGGCCGUCAGAGAUGUCAUCUCCGAGUACACGGGUGCUGGGCGGCGUGCGGGGGUUCUUCGCCUGGGAAAAUUCCUGGCGAGGUUCGGCGAGUUCAUCGCGGUCAUCAGCGACUGGAUCCGUCAGGGGAAGGUCCAGGUCGUCGAGGACGUCUCCAGCGGGCUGGAGAGCGUACCGUCGGCGUUCGCCGCGCUGUUCCGCGGCAAGAAUAUUGGCAAGACUCUUGUGAAGCUGGCGUAG